CCCUUCCUUGUCCGUCCCCCCCCUCCCCCGCCCAUCCCCCUCUCCCGGCUCCUCGCUGUCCGCGCGAACUCUGGUGUCCGGCUGACCCGUCCCGAGGACUCCGGACCCCGAGGCACAGGUACACAUGCUUUUUCAGCUGAGUUGAUGGGCUGUGAAAGACUAGCAUAACUGCAGACUAUGAGUAGUUUCUCAGGAAAAGUGCAUUGUUUUGGGCACAUGGACCAGAUUAAAAGUGAAUUGUUACUACAUGAAGUUUUUCAGUAAAAGUCACUGAAAAAAUCUGUCAGGUGAAUGUAUAUUUUUUCUUGUGAAUUUGGCUAGAAGCGAUUUAUUUUUAAAGAAAAUAUGUCUCCUCUGAAGAUACAUGGCCCUAUUAGAAUUCGAAGUAUGCAGACUGGGAUUACAAAGUGGAAAGAAGGAUCCUUUGAAAUUGUGGAAAAAGACAAUAAAGUCAGCCUUGUAGUUCACUACAAUACUGGAGGAAUUCCGAGGACAUUUCAGCUAAGUCAUAACAUUAAAAAUGUGGUACUUCGACCCAGUGGAACAAAACAAAGCCGCUUAAUGUUGACUCUGCAAGAUAACAGUUUCUUGUCUAUUGACAAAGUACCUAGAAAGGAUGCAGAGGAAAUGAGGUUGUUUCUAGAUGCAGUCCAUCAAAACAGACUUCAUGCAGCCAUGAAAUCUUCUCAAGGUUCUGGUAGUUUUGGAGCCAUUUUGGGCAGCAGAGCCUCUCAGCAGGAAACCAAUAGACAGCUUUCUUACUCAGACAAUCAGACCCCUUCAAAAAGAGGAAGUUUGGAAAUGAAGGAUGAUACUCCAUUUCGAAAAGUUCUUGGUACUCCAAGUCGAGGAUCAAUUAAAACUGUAGCAGGAAGUGGAAUGGCUGUUACUUGGACGAGUCCUUCUUUAACUGCUACAUCAACACCUCUUCGAUCAGGAUUAUUAGAAAACCGCCCUGAAAAGAGGAAAAGAAUGUUAUCACCUGGAACAGAGUUGUCUGAAGAUUAUCCCAAGGAAAAUGAUUCAUCAUCGAACAACAAGGCUAUGACAGAUCCAUCAAGAAAGUACUUAACCAGCAGUAGAGAAAAGCAGCUGAGCCUGAAACAGUCAGAAGAAAAUCGGACAUCAGGGCCUUUACCUUUGCAGUCCUCAUCAUUUUAUAGUAGUCGAGCUGGACCCAAGGACUACUCUUCUGGUGGUACUAACCUAGACAGGAGUAAUAUUUCAAGUCAAACUCCCUCUGCCAAAAGAAGUUUGGGAUUUCUUCCUCAGCCAUCUCCUCUUUCUGUUAAGAAACUCCAGUGUAACCAGGACUACACUGGCUGGAACAAACCAAGAGUGCCCUUUAUCUCUCAUCAACAGCAACAACUACAGGGAUUCUCCAACUUGGGAAAUACAUGCUAUAUGAAUGCUAUUUUACAGUCUCUGUUUUCACUCCAGUCAUUUGCAAAUGACUUGCUCAAGCAAGGUAUCCCAUGGAAGAAAAUUCCUCUCAAUGCACUGAUCAGACGCUUUGCACUCUUGCUUGUUAAAAAAGAUGUCUGUAAUUCAGAGACCAAAAAGGAUUUACUAAAGAAGGUUAAAAAUGCCAUUUCAUCUACAGCAGAGAGAUUCUCUGGUUAUAUGCAGAAUGAUGCUCAUGAGUUUUUAAGUCAGUGCUUAGACCAGCUCAAGGAGGAUAUGGAAAAACUGAAUAAAACUUGGAAGAUUGAACCCUUUCUAGGAGAAGAGCACUCACCAGAUAUUUCAGCUACCCGAGUAUACACUUGCCCCGUUAUUACUAAUUUGGAGUUUGAGGUUCAGCACUCCAUCAUUUGUAAAGCAUGUGGAGAGACUAUUCCCAAAAGAGAACAGUUUAAUGACCUCUCCAUUGACCUUCCUCGCAGGAGAAAGCCACUUCCUCCGCGUUCAAUUCAAGACUCUCUUGAUCUUUUCUUUAGGGCAGAAGAACUUGAGUAUUCAUGUGAGAAGUGUGGUGGGAAGUGUGCUGUUGUCAGACACAAAUUUAACAGGCUGCCCAGGGUCCUCAUUCUUCACCUAAAACGAUACAGCUUCAAUGUGGCUCUGUCACUGAACAACAAGAUUGGCCAGCAAGUCAUUAUUCCAAGAUUCUUGACCCUGUCAUCUCAUUGCACUGAAAAUACAAAGCCACCUUUUACUCUUGGAUGGAGUGCACAUAUGGCGAUUUCUAGACCACUAAAAGCUUCUCAAAUGGUGAAUUCCUGCAUCACCAGCCCUUCUACACCUUCAAAGAAAUUUACCUUCAAAUCCAAGAGCCCCUUAACUUUAUGCCUUGAUUCUGACAGUGAAGAUGAGCUAAAACGCACUAUAGCCCUUGGUCAGAGAUUUGGUGAAAUGUUAGGCAUUGAACAGCAGCAAGAAGAUGUGGAAAAAGAUUCAAAAUCAUACAGAAUGGAACCUGGUAAAUCCGGAUUAGAAAACUCUGGAUUUGACAGGAUGAAUGAAGAAGAGCUGCUUGCAGCUGUCUUAGAGAUCAGUAAGAGCGAAGGCUCACCCAUGCACAGUCACGAAGAAGACGAUAAACCAACCAGCAGCCCAGACACUGGAUUUGCAGAAGAUGAUAUUCAAGACAUGCUUGAACAUCCAGAUGCUGUGCAGACUGGGAAGCCCAAAACAGUCACCGAGCCAGAUCCUUCCAGUUUUGCUGAGAUAACAAAAGACUGUGAUGAGAAUAAAGAAAACAAAACUCCAGAAGGAUCUCAGGGAGAAGUUGAUUGGCUCCAGCAAUGUGACAUGGAGCACGAAAGGGAAGAACAGGAGCUUCAGCAAGCAUUGGCUCAGAGCCUUCAAGAGCAAGAGGCUUGGGAACAGAAAGAAGAUGAUGACCUCAAAAGAGCUACAGAGUUAAGUCUUCAAGAGUAUAACAGCUCCUUUCUGGAUUCACUGGGCUCAGAUGAGGACUCUGGAAAUGAAGAUGUUUUUGAUAUGGAGUACACAGAAGCGGAAGCUGAGGAGCUGAAAAGAAAUGCUGAGACAGGAAAUCUCCCCCAUUCCUAUCGGCUUAUCAGUGUCGUCAGUCACAUUGGCAGCACCUCUUCUUCAGGUCAUUACAUUAGUGAUGUGUAUGACAUUAAGAAGCAGGCGUGGUUUACUUACAAUGACCUGGAAGUGUCUAAAAUUCAAGAGGCUGAUGUACAGAGUGAUCGUGAUCGGAGUGGCUACAUCUUCUUCUAUAUGCACAAGGAGAUCUUUGAUGAAUUGCUGGAAACAGAAAAGAAUUCUCAGGCACUCAGCAUGGAAGUAGGGAAGACCACCCGCCCCGCUUCAUGAGGAGCAGACUCCUGGGUUGGCAGCAUGCACUGCAUCUUCUUUCACUGCCACCCACCUUCACCUUUUCCUCUGCCUGACGAGAAUUUGGAGUUCUAUUUGAUUCAGGAGCAACAAACAGCUCAGGGCCAAACUAAAAGACAAAAUCAGUUAUGUGGACUGCUCCAUGCUGUUUUAUGGAAACCUUGGUGUCCUCUAUGGCUAACUAUUCUUUUUCUCCUACAAGAGUGAGAUACUUCCUUUUGUCUUAAGAAUCUAUGUUGUAUGUGUAUGUGUGUGUGUGUGUGUGUAUGCACACACACACUCAUGUUUAUGGAAUGAAUGGAGCCUUAAAGAGUUAGGAGGAGCCACCAGAGUAUAUUGCUCACAGUGCCACAGCUGCUUGAGGGAAGAUUAAAGUCUGCCCUUUCACCUGAGAAGUGUGUGGGGAUAUACAUAUCACUGGCUUUUAGCUUUUCUGUUCUUUGAGUAGCUUCAAUUCCAGUCUGAUAUUUCGUGUAUUUGUUAUGAGUAAAGUUUACUGGAAAGCCAGUUACAUUGAUAGCAGUUUAUUUUCCUUGUAAAAGGCAUGUCUGAGUUUUGUUUUCCCCUCUUCUUAAUUUGAUGAAUCUGUCAUGCCUGGCUGUCUACAUGUAGUUUCUCCCCCAAAAAUCUUGUUAUUUCAGAAUAUGUUACAGUCCCAUAUUUGGUAUUCAUUGUACACCUCACAUUUUCUCCAAGAUUCUUUCACACAGUUUGUAUACCAUCUAUAUUAUUGUGAUGGUUAAGGUAAAAUCUUGUAUUUCAUUAUCCUAAUGAAUUAACCAGAACUGUAAAGGUAAAAAUAAUAUUGCUACAACUGGGACUCCCCAGCAGGAAUGCUUAGAGUAAAGAAGAACUUAGUGGCUUUGCCUCCUGGGCAGAGAGGUCAAGAGGCAUGUCACUGUUUACAGCUCAAACUCUGGACCACUAAAGCUGAAAGCUAAACACCCUGUCACAAGGGUAAAAUUAAAUACAUAAGCUGGAAGUGUGUUUAAUCAUUUACUGUGUGACUUUGCCCUAAAAGCAGGGUGGGAUUUAAAAUGUGACCAGUUUAGGUAAUUCAGUGAUUUUAUAUAUAUAUAAAAUCUUUUUAGGUGCUCUGAAUUGAGGCUAAGAAGGGAUGCAAUAUUAAGUGUUCCAGUGGUCACUGAGCCAACAUAACCUGCUUGGCUAAACAGCUUAUAAAGCCAUACAAAGAAUAUGAGCUCAAGUGUCAUUAAGACUGCAUAGACUUAAUUGCAAAAUGAAACCUUUACUAUUUUCUUUCCUGCUUUUUCUUGCCUUUAAUAAAUGAGAGGAUUGUUCUAAGUUCUGAGGUAGGAAUGAAAUCAGGUUUUCAGUGGGAGCAAGCAUUAAAACCCAAGACUUAAUAUAUGAUUAUCAGUUCUGGAAGAUUGCCUUCAGAUAACUUCAGCCAAACUCUAGCAACCAGGAUGUGUUCUGACAGUAUCCCACUCUGAAGUUGUUGUCUUUUGAAUUGUAAAUGGCCUCCGUGCCAAUGAGACAUGCUUUCUUUGCCUCCUACCAUCUAGCAGCAUAUGUGAUUGUAGUGAAUGUUCCAGAGUGGCACAGUGAUAGGUUAGAAGAGGAAAACACUUAUUUUUAAACUUCUUAAAUCUUUUUUUAUUUCUCCAGCAGUCUCAUUUCCUUUUGUUUUCCUUGAAAAUGACUGAUGUUCUCAUAAAUGAGUGAAGUAGUGAUCACAUUCUGUAGUUAUUUUCUUUCUGGUUUCUGAAUUUGAGAGCUUGAAGCUGUUAAAAAUUAUUGAGUUUGAUAGCACGUCUUUAAUCCCAGCACUCAGAAGGCUGAGGUUAAAGGAGCACCAUGAGUUCAGGGCCAGCCUGGGCUACAAAGUGAGGUACAGGUCAGCCUGAGCUAAAGUGAGACCUGUCCUCAAAAAAAAAAAAAAAAAAUUAAAAGGGAGGGGGAACAGUUUGAAAUGAGGUUUAUGUUAAGACAUGGAUAAAAAUAGAAAUAAUGAUAAAAGCCUAAAAUGCCUCAUGAGUAACCUUAUUUGAAUUGCUUUCAUAGCUGGCAUAUGUGUGUGGCACAGAAACCUGAUUUGGUUUUGAUCUUCAUGUCUUGGGCAAGACUUGUUAGUUGAAAACAGGCCAGUAGAAUAUACAAGUAUCUCAUUGAUCUUUCAUGAUGUUGAAUUGUAUGAUCUGUCCAUCCUUGUGGCAUUGGCAGCCUUUUUUCUUUUCUUUUUUUCUUGAUCCUUUAGCAUAUAUUUGACUCCAAAUGGAGAUUUCAGCUAGGCUUUGUUGAUGGGGGUGUUGGUUAUUGUAAGCUGGCUGUAUAUACUUUAUAAUCAUAAAUAGAUAAUAUAUUUCUGUUUUUAUUUUUAUUUUUGCACAUUGUGAUACCAUAAUUGAGGGAUGGAGCAAUCAGUAUGUUGAGGCCAGGAAAGGACAAAAUUAAGAAUUGGGGGGAUGGGGAGCUUCAGUUCCAUGCAAUAUGCAUAACUAACCUUCCCAUUCAAAAUACCAAAUGUGGUUACAUUACUUUAAAUAACUGGACUGGAGCUUGAUAGUUCUGGAUACAAUCUUUUGAAUCUUAGUCAAAAAAUUUGGAGGGGGGGCUGGGCGUGGUGGUGCACGUCUGUAAUCCUAGUAUUUGGGAGGCUGAGUUAGAAGGAUCACCAUAAUGCCAGGAGCUACAGAGUAAGUUCCAGACCAGCCUGGGCUAGAGUGAGACCCCCCCCCCACACACACACACACCUGGAAAAAACUAAGAAAAAAAUUUGGAAGGAAAAAAAUAACCUAAAAACUUGAUUUUUAUCCUGUUUUAUACAAUUGGAAAGCUGUAUAUGGCUCAGUGCUGUUAUUCUGUUUAGUAGCCAAGACUAUAAUUUAGGCCAAUGAGAUGAUUCUUGUUUUGUAGAUAUAUAUUUAUAUUUGUAUACACCAUCAUAAGUUUUGUCCCCGAGGAUAGAAUAAGAAGCAAACCCAUGAAUUGGUGUUCCGUUUAUGUUUUGAUUCCAAAUUUGUUGUCUUCUUGCUAUGGUCAAGCUUAACUUAAAUGGCUUAGUAGCAAACCUAACAAAUGUAAAUGUGUUUACAUUUUAAGAAGUAUGUAGUAAUACAGAUGGUUGAUUGACUCUGGAUGCAAAUAUGAAAACUACACGAUUGUUUAUCCUCCUUGAUGAAGGGUAAAAUCCUGAAAGAAAAGCUUUAAUAUUUAAAACCUCAGCAAAGUGAUCUAUGAAUUUCCUCUACACUGCAUUUCUGCUUUACUAUUGUGUAAGGACACCCAAUACAAGUACAGGGACAGUGGUAUAAUGCAAAUAUCUGGAGACACAAGUUAAAGAGAAAAGCCAGGUAGUUUGUAAACUCACUUAGGGUCCCAUAAAGACUAUGCAGAAAUACACUGUUACCUUCCCCUCUUCUCUGCCCUCUGAAACAACUGCAGUGGGCGCUUCUGCCAACCUUUUUCCCUAUUUGGUUUAACUGGCCCCCUAAGGUGAACUGUUACUUCAAUCAGGACAGAACUAGAACUCUAAAUACAUGUGAGUCUUGUAUGUAGAGAGAAAUCAACAACUCAACACCAUAUGGAAGUUAUAGAAGUAUUCUAGUCAAUGGCUAUGUCCUUUUUGCUCCUUGUUUUACUGUGGCAAGUACACACAAAAAAUUUAAGAAAUUUCCAACCUCUGACUAGUCCUUUGAUGCCUCACUUCAGAAUUCUAAUUUUGUCUCUAGUAAGUCUUACUGUCAUCUGAAGAAGUAAAUUUUUUAUUAUUUUAUUAGAACACAGUUUGUUAAGUCAUGAGUUUCAUGACAGGCAUUCUGCUGUUUCACCAUUGACUCCCUUAUGUUGCUUCGAUUGCUAGGAUUGACGCAGUCUCUUUUGUUAUACACAAUUAGUAAAUUGUUCUCUUUCCAUGUGUGUUAUGUGUCUGAGAUCUUGAGGUUUUAAUUAAAAGUGUGCCAGUAUGAGUAAGCAUUAUAGUGACAGUGAAUUUCAAGUACAGAGAAGUUCAGAGUUCUAGGUCUAUCUACAGGCAUAAGAACAGAGUAGAGGAGGGUCUGGAUCAGGCUCCAAGUUCUUCAGAUCAGAUCAAGUGCCAGAACACAGGGGUAGUCAGCUGAGCUGGUCUAUUUCAAAAACAGUGAACAGACAGGGAAACCACAAGAGGGUGUGCACACUUCUGCCCCAGUCUUCCCUCCUCCGUCAACCUCCCCGGCCCAUGGGUAGCGGUUCUUUAUGCCUAGGGUGAGGAAAACAACAGUGAGGUUCCUGCACUUUGCCUAAUUGAGCCACUCUCAGGUUUGCUGGCAGCUUUGGCCACAUAUUUAUGAAGUGGCUUUUUCCUUUUGUGUUCAGAGUGACUUGAUUCUGAUUCUUGAUGUUUUGUAUGGAACGGCACUUUAUCUGUGUUUUAGCAGAACUGUUCCUCUAUCCUUGACGGUUUUUCCUUGUUUUGUUUCCUUUUUAAAUUAUAUAAAGUUUUGUGUGUGUGUGAAAUUAAAGCCUUUAUUAGCCUUGUA